UUUGGAUUCAUCUUCGGCCGGGUGCCUCACUCCCCUAGCACCAUGCCCUACAACUGCUGCCUGCCCAACCUGAGCUGCCGCACCAGCUGCUCCUCCCGGCCCUGCAUUCCCCCCAGCUGCCACGGCUGCACCCUGCCCGGGGCCUGCAACAUCCCCGCCAAUGUGGGCAACUGCAACUGGUUCUGCGAGGGCUCCUUCAACGGCAGCGAGAAGGAGACCAUGCAGUUCCUGAACGACCGCCUGGCCAGCUACCUGGAGAAGGUGCGGGAGCUGGAGCGGGAGAACGCGGAGCUGGAGAGGCAGAUCCAGGAGCGGAACCAGCAGCAGGAGCCCCUGCUGUGCCCCAGCUACCAGUCCUACUUCCGCACCAUCGAGGAGCUGCAGCAGAAGACCCUCUGCAACAAGGCAGAGAACGCCCGGCUGGCGGUGCAGAUCGACAAUGCCAAGCUGGCCGCAGACGACUUCCGGACCAAGUACGACACGGAGCUGUCCCUGCGGCAGCUGGUAGAGUCGGAUAUCAACGGCCUGCGCCGGAUCCUGGACGAGCUGACCCUGUGCAAGUCUGACCUGGAGGCGCAGGUGGAGUCGCUGAAGGAGGAGCUGCUCUGCCUCAAGAGGAACCACGAGGAGGAAGUCAACACCCUGCGCUGCCAGCUCGGGGACCGCCUCAACGUGGAGGUGGACGCUGCGCCCUCCGUGGACCUGAACCGCGUGCUCAACGAAGUCAGGAGCACCUACGAGGCUGUGGUGGAGACCAACCGCAGGGAGGUGGAAGAGUGGUACACCACACAGACCGAGGAGCUGAACAAGCAGGUGGUGUCGAGCUCCGAGCAGCUGCAGUCCUACCAGGCGGAGAUCAUCGAGCUGAGACGCACGGUCAACGCCCUGGAGAUCGAGCUGCAGGCCCAGCACAACCUGAGAAACUCCCUGGAGAACACGCUGAACGAGAGCGAGGCCCGCUACGGCUCGCAGCUGGCGCAGGUGCAGCGCCUGAUCAGCAGCGUGGAGUCGCAGCUGGCGGAGAUCCGGAGUGACCUGGAGCGGCAGAACCAGGAGUACCAGGUGCUGCUGGACGUGCGGGCGCGGCUGGAGUGCGAGAUCAACACGUACCGGGGGCUGCUGGAGAGCGAGGACUGCAAGCUGCCCUGCAACCCCUGUGCCACGACCAAUGCGUGCGGCAAGUCCAUCGGGCCCUGCGUCGCCAACCCCUGCACCCCCUGCCCGCCCCCUGCCCCCUGCACACCUUGCGUCCCUCGCCCGCGCUGUGGGCCGUGCAAUUCCUUCGUGCGCUAGGGCCCAGGGACACUAAAGCAGCAAGGAUGCAGGGCCUGGUGCUCCAGAGCUGGCUGGGAUCCCUUCGACAAAGGCAGCCCAAAAACAUAAGUUGAAUGGCGGGAGCAGCCCCUGCGUGGCAGCCAGCAAACGUACCAGGAGCCUCCAGCCACCCUGCCCGCUACAGACCCUUCCCUGCCCGCCCUUUCCUUUAUGGGGUCUGUUUCUUUCUCUGCUUGCCCAGCUCUCUGAAGUGCCGGUGCCCCUCCCUUGCAGCCUCCUAAUAAACGCACUUUUCCUGGCAA